GUUUGUUUAUAUCACUGGUUCGACCAUUGUAAGUCGGAUUUGGUUCGUAAAUUUUGUGUAUCUUAUUUGGAUUUGGAAGUUGUUCUUUACCACGAAGGAAUGUUACUUAUGGACCUGUGAUUAAUUCGCAAACCAUGUAUGGCAAAAGCAAGUCAGUUGGGAUCCCGUCUGACACCCAGUCGAAAGAGAAGUUGGCUGUAUAUGUUUAUGAAUAUCUUGUGCAUAUCGGAGCACAAAAGACCGCAAACUCUUUUCUCCAAGAGGUAAUGUAUUCUGAAGUGAUAUACUUCCUUAAGAUCCGCUGGGACAAGUCAAUAAGCGUCGGUGAGCCUCCUGGAUUUCUGCACUCCUGGUGGAGUGUAUUUUGGGAUCUCUACAGUGCGGCACCUGAAAGACGUGAUACACAUGAACACUCUAAUGAAGCCAAAGCAUUCCAUGACUAUGGUUUUGUAAAUUCGGGCUACCCAAAUGGAUUGCCUCAUCCCGGCCAUCCUGUCAUGCCUGGCCCUGCAGUCGUCAGUGGUUCUAGUGGAGCGACACCAGGGAUGCCUCCUCCUCUUGUACCUCCUGGCCACGACCCGACAUUAAUGAGACAAAGACCAUCUGGACAACCUUUAAUGCCAGGUAGUGGUCUUCAGAAUACAGGAUCUGGUUUACAGGGACCUCCUCAUCAUCCGUCAGUGCGCUUCCAUCAAUCUAGUGCAGGUGGUUAUCCUGUUCCUGUUGGUAGUGGUAUGAUUCCUCCACAUGCGAAUUUAUUGCCAGUUUCGGGUCCACCGCAUCCUAUGCAUGGUAAUCCUACGAUGCCUCAUCACCAUUCAUCUAGCGCCAUGUUAACCCACCCUCGUCCUAGGUGGGUCAAUCCAUCUAUUCCACAACAGGCAUGUGGUCCCCCCUGUCCUCAACAAAGCAUCGGCCCUCCCGUUUGUUCGGGAUCGGCUGGACCAAAUCCGGUAUCGUCAGCUGCAUCCGGGAGUGUUGGUCCCGUCUCGUGUGGAGGCAGUGGAGUAGUUCCUAGCCCAGGUCAUCCUGGUACACCAACACAACAUCCCCCUACUCAUCUUACCGUUCCUAGUCCCAUCAACAAUCAGUCUAACGAUCACCAGGCAUCUGGUGGUGGAAUACCAAGUCAUCCACAUCACCCAGCACCACCACACUAUAUGGGUGGGCAAACACCGCCUACUUCGAAUCCCUGUCUUCCUCCAGAAUAUGCUGCAAGACCUUCUCCACAUCUUGUUUAUAGCGGUGCGGGGUCUGGCUCUACUCCUGAUAAUGGUGUGUUUGGUGCAGGCUCAGGUUGCAAUGACUCUGGAUUGCUUAAUGGUUCUGUCGCCCCCCCUCGUAGUAGCGGGAUGAUGCCACCCCCUCCCCCUGAUUAUUCGAGCGGUAUGUCUUCUGCGUCAGCUUACCCACCCGGUUCCGAUGUCAAAGCUUCGCCGCUACACGGGGGUCUUGGAAUGGUUUGCGAUAUGAUGAGUCCAGCUGGUGUACCUCCCCCACUAAUGCCAUCUGACUAUCCUCCUGGCAACGGUCCGAGUAGCAAUGGUUCUGGACAAGGAAACAGUGGGUACCUUGGAGACUCCGUCAUGAUGAUGCCCCCACCACAACAGCAAAAUGUUUUACAACAGCAUAUUGGAAGUGGACCCCAAAGUCAAGCCCCACCUCCUCCUCAGUAUGUCCCUUCUGGAGGUCAACAUUCAGGGUCGAGUGGAGGUCCUUCAUCCAUGCAGUCUGUUUGUUUAGGGUCCAAUCCUAGUCCGGUUGGCGGCUCAGGCUCCGUGCAAUUUCCACAAGAAUAUUCGUUCAGUCAGAUGUCCUAAGCAAAGCAAGUCAUGUGCAACUAUCUUCCUGUUUGUUAGAAGUUACUGCUGUUGGGUGACGUGCUAUUUUCCGUUUGGGCACCCCUAAUUACCAUUUUGUUCUGCACAAUAUCUGCAAGUCAAUUUACGAACUUCUUUUAGAUUUGGGUGCAUAUCUUCAAGUUGUGUUUUGGCCGUAAAUUAGUGUACAUGUUCUUCGGAGCCAUUAUUUUAAAGGGAUGGUAUAUACAGAGAAAUUUGUUUCAACACUAUUUCUUCAUACCCGCUUUAUCUCCUAAAAAUAUGGACAUCAAUAAUCAUUUCCAUUAAAUUAAACAGUCAUUUAUUUUACUAAUAAAUUUCUCAGUUGUUUCGUCUCAUACCUGCUUUAAAUGCAUUUAGUGUCUUGUGAGCAUACUUUUCUUUAUGGUAAAUUGCGCGCUUAAUUGCAGUCUAGAUAGCAGUACUUAUAUUUGAUACUUUUAAACAGUGCAACUAUCCCACAAGGAUAAGCUUCUUGUACAAAUCUACUGUAAUGAAACCGGAUGGUAGUGGUUGUUUUUCUUACUAUCGCUUCGUUUUAAUGCAAUACUUGAUACAAACGACUUUUAAUUAAAGACUGUUUCCGUCCAUUUUUAUAUUCUUACGACAGUGAGUCAACUUGAAUGAAUGUCAUGAAAAUAUUCUUCAUGUCUAAAAGCAUAUUUUCCACAGAAACGUCUAUAGAUCAUUUUGGGGAAAUGUUUUACAGAAGCUUUCCUGCUGAAUAUUUUCAACUUUACAGUUGUAACUGAUUUCCGUCAUACUAUCUCAUUUGUAUUGCUUGUCCUGAUUCAGUGUUUUUAAUACAUUCUUAAAUUCACAAUGAGCACUUUCCAACUUCUUUGUGUUUUUGCAUAUUUGUGUGAGUGAUCUGUUUACAUUGUCUUCUUUCCUAUUUUCUGUCUUUCUCUACAAAGACAUUUUCUUAUGUUAGCUUAAAGCUUUUAUUAUUAACAAUGUUGUAGCGUGAAAAAGUUCUGGAUACCCAUAUAGUGUACAUUAUCGCCCAUUAUGGGAAAGGUAAAACCUAUGCGAAUGUAAAUGCAUUUUAACCAUAUUUGACUCGAGAUGUCCAGACAGUGUUUUUUUGUCUUCGUGUUGAAUGGAUGCAGCUUGUUGUACUCAUAAUGUAUUUGUUAUUGCUCAGUUGAUUCGAAUUUAUCAGCUAAUAACAAGUGUAAUGCAAUUCA